AUGUCGACUGUGUCUUUGAAGAUUGAAUUGUCGAAAGCAGUUCAUGGAAUAAAACAGAAAUUAGAGAGUGCUUCAACAUCACACGGUUUUGUAGCUCAGCCAGCAAUAUUGUCGAACGUAUUAAUUCGUCCUCCCACGAACAAUUUAAUGCGUAAUAUACACGUCAUACAAGGAUCGAAUAUCCAAAAUAGAGAAAACAAAGAAAAUUUGGAAAAUAACUCAAUGGAAUUACAGCAUACAAAUUGUUGUGACAAAUGUCGAAUAGGACAUUUUACAAAAUUUGCGACAAUUGAGCGCAAACUGAACAGGAUUAUUCAUUUUCUUGAAAAUGGAAAUGAAGUAAGAAAUGAAAUACCAGAGAAUGAUUUCUCUCUUUUGCCAAAUUUUCCUCUUACUACAGUGGAGCAAGUAGAGACGUUCAAUAAUCAGUUGGAGGAUAUAAAUGUUCGGCGACAAUUUCAGACAUGA